CGCCGGGCCAUCGUCCGGAAAGCUAAAGCGGCGUCCAGCUAGGUUUUCACUUGCGCUAGCUGGUUCCCCUCACCACGCACGUUUUACCUACGGUAGCACCGAACGUAUCAAAAGAAAGCUUUUCCCGGAGCUGUCGAGCCGAGUCAAGCCCGUCGUCUAGGUUUGGGCGAAACAGAGCCCUUUUGCGAGCCAGAGGGCCGUCAUGUGCAAUUAGCCCUCGCGCAUUGACCCGGCGCCCUCCCCUCCUGCUGCUGCUGCUCGUCCUACAAAGAGGCCCUCGCGCCUCCGACCGCUGCCGCCAUGGACGACGCCAGCUCGCUGAUCUCGGACCUGCUGGCCAAGCUCGCCGACCUCGACGACAAGGUCGCCUCGUACCGCAAGGACAUGGCGGCCGAGUUCCAGCGGCACUCCGACGACCUCCUGCGCCACGUGCCCGCCAAGGUCUCAGACGAGGUGAACCGCGCCAUUGCCGUCGCCUCCAGGUCGGGCCGCUAUCCGGGCCUGUAUCCCGGCGACCAAGACACCGCCGGCCGCUCUACCCACACCGACACCAGCGCCGCCGGCGAAUCCCCGGCGUCGCCCACCAUCGACCACACCCGCUGGGACGGCCACAGCCCUUCACCCCCGCCUGUGCUGCACCACACCUCGGGCACGCCGAGUGCAUCCCUCGCCGGUGUCGUCAACGGCCGUGCCCUCGGCAACAACCUCAGCGAAGGGCCGGCACGAGACCCCCACGCGCGCGAGAGGGAGUUCCACGGUCUCUUUACGCCCAGCUAUCUGCCCCUGCUGGAAAGCAGUGAUCGGAUACCGCACUCGCCACCGCAGCCGGUACUAGUGCCAGCGCCAGCGCAAGCAAUAGUAGCACCACCAACCCUCUCCAUGGCUGUCGCGUCUGUGGAUCCGCCAUCGUCCGAGGCUCUGCAAGCAGCUACAGACCCAUCAACACCGCCUGCCACUACUGAUAUUAGUAGUACUAACAGUCCGACAAUGGCCAACAGCGGCGGGAUUGCCCCCAGGAUCCCGCCCGUCCGGAGCUUUACCGAUCCGUCAGCAGACUGCAGGUCUGGCAGUAACGGCAGAAGCCCGCUGCGCCGGAGUGCGCUGCGCAGGAGUUCUAGCUCGUCUACCCGCACCAGCCCCCGCCGGGUACGAUUCGAGUUUGAAGGCGGGGAGGUCCUGCCCACAUCGCCUCCCGAUGAGGAGGACGACUGGCAGGACGAGACGCCAACUGCGGCUGGGACCCUCCCAGUGGUGACGACCACGGAAGCCUCGCCCACACCUGCUCCUCGUGACUCAUUAUCAGGACCCACCGCAUCAGUCUUUGAUGACGGGGACGAGGUUUCCCCGCCGCCUAAGAAAGUGUCGUCGUCGCAAGCGCUCCGUGCGCUCUCGAAAUUGCCACUGGAAAAUCCGGGCACGUGGACUGUGGUGAAUCCCGGCUCGGACCUGGUCACUCCAUUAUUUCGUGGCACCCGACCAGCAGCGCAGCGGCAGGCAGCCUCGUUCCCCACCACCAACUCCGUUUUUACUAAUACGGCGGCUGCCCACGUCCGCCUGCGCUCGCCGCUGGACCCCGAUGAUCUUGAAAUCCAAUCCGUGACAAAUCCUCAACUGGGCUCGCCACUACAGGACCUCGAGGCUUACCCGGACGACGCCAGCGACUCAGACGACGAUUUUGUGUCGAUGCCUGUCAGACAAGGACGGAAAAGGUCCAUCUCGCCUGAAUCGCGCUCUCCGCUGCCAUCAUUGCUCCCGACAGGAAGUGCCGACGUGCAACCGCAGAGUCCUUCCAGCGCCCCCGCGGUGGGUAGCACCAAGGCCAUGACCACGCCAGAAACCCCAGGGAAGAACGGCGUCAACGGGAAGUCUGCCGAGGCUGUAAAAAAACCCAAGCCAGGCGGCAAAAUUGCCGUCGAUGACACCUCGGAGGCAGACGGCGAGGAUUUUUUCGAGAUGGAAGAUGACGACUCGAGACCCCGGACCAAGCGCGAGACUCGGCCCUACAUAGAAGAAGACGAGUCGGAAUCAGAUGACGAGCAUGUCGACACUGUGGAAGUGGCGGCACACGCAGCUGCGGUUGAAGCACAGGUGCUGUCUCAUUCUUUGACGCCGAGCCGGCCGUUCACCGGCAGCGGCGUCGGCGGGGACCCUCUCGGCAGCCCGGCAACGGUGCCCGUCUCUGUAGGAUCGUACAAAGGGAGGCCCAUCUCCUUCGACAUAAUCAAGGACCCGAUGGUGCACCAAAAGGCGGCCGAGCUGGGCAACCUUCCCACGUUCGUCGGUAGCGUUCACGAUAGCGCAGACCCGACCAGCAGCUUCCGCGGGGGCAGCAGUCUUCCAGGCGGUGGCGGCAGUAGCGCCUUUGCGGGCACGCCGAGGAGCCUCGUGGAGAGGCUGAUGUUAGAGGAGAUGGUUGACCAUGGCGGCGUGCCCACCCGGCGAUGAGACGCUAUCUAAUCCUGCAUUUAUAGUUUUUGUUUUGUCUAUUUGGAUGUUGUGGCACUUGGCAUAUCUCUCUAGUCUAUCGUUUCUGGACUCUUUGCUCUCAUUCUGCGCGGCGUUGGUUUGUCUCGCAAAGGUCUCUUUUUUGCCACGUACCACUACUACCUACGCAAUCUACCUGACCAGGGCAUACAUAUAGGCACACUUGGGUACCACCUUAUGUGGUCGAGUGGUGAUAUGGUAUAUCGCCCGAGGGGCGAAUUACUUGCUAACACUCAUAGCACAAUAUGUCACCGAAUCCACAAGUUGGCGAUUGUUGAUUUCUGAUUUCUAUUUCUAUAUUUUAUUGCUUGU